UUUUAAAUGCCUCAGCCAAUAUGGCGGCACGGACAAGACACAAGGCAUUUAGGCUGCGCAGGCGUAUUAUGUAGGGCCGCGGCUGGAAUACAAGAUGGCAGCCCCGGCGGGGAGGGAGAGGCGGAGGCGGUAUAGCAGUGAGCAGACGGGAGUCAGUGACGGAGCUUGCCUCGGCCCCAGUGUGUUUCCACGGAGAUGGCGUGUGAUAAUCAUGGAAGUCCUGAGGAGGACACAGCUUUGGUCAGCUUGUGCCCAAGCACAUCAAAUUCUCCUCAACUCCCUCGCCCCCUGUCGGAUCUGCCAGAUGAACUCUUGCAAGCAGGAUGGGAGAAGUGCUGGAGUAAGAGGGAAAGCCGUCCUUAUUACUUCAACCGCUUUACAAAUCAGUCUCUUUGGGAGAUGCCAGUUCUUGGCCAUCACGAUGUAAUUUCAGAUCCAUUGGGUCUCAAUGCGGCUCCAAUUCCCUCAGACGGUGCAACACCAGAGACACCGAAGGAUAACAGGCCUCAGAAAAGGAGGAUAUCUGAGGAGCUGUUGGCCUGUGAUUCUGUUAAGAAGCUGAAAGUGGAGUCCACUCCUGUGACCCCAGCAUCAGUGCCAAGUUCCCCUGUCUUCCCAGGGGUGUCACUAGACGAAAAACAGCUUGCAGCCCUGAUAAAGCCCACCGAUGUAUACUGGGAUUUGGAUAUUCAGAGCAAUGUAGUGGUGAAGCCUCCCCCCCCUUCACACUUGCUGCCUCCCCCAUCACAAGCUUUGCCCCCACACCCUGAAGUGGAACUCCUAAGGUCACAACUUGUCCUGAAACUAAGGCAACAUUACCGAGAGCUGUGCCAGCAGAGGGAGGGAAUUGAACCACCCCGGGAGUCAUUUAACCGCUGGUUGUUGGAGAGGAAAGUUUUGGAUAUGGGUCCCGACCCACUUCUGCCAAGUGACUGUGAUCCAACAGUGUCUCCAUCCAUGUUUCAAGAAAUAAUGAAUGAUGUCCCAAUGAGGUUAUCUCGUAUUAAGCAUCGUGAGGAAGCAAAACGUCUACUCUUUAAGUACGCAGAGGCAGCCAAGCGACUGAUUGAAUCCAGGAGUGCUUCUUCUGACAGUCGAAAACUGGUGAAGUGGAACGUAGAGGACACAUUUAGCUGGCUCAGGAGAGACCAUUUAGCAACCAAAGAAGACUAUAUGGACCGCCUAGAACACCUGCGUAGGCAAUGUGGCCCACACAUGGCAGCUGUGGCAAGAGACUCAGUGGAAGGUAUAUGUAGUAAAAUAUAUCGCAUCUCCAGGGAAUAUGUAAAGAGAACCCGGGAGAAGCACCUGGCACUUCUGCGUGAGGCCAACAUACCAGAGCCAGGUCCACCUGAAGCACCCCCAGAGAAGCUGGUGUUUUGUCACCCUGUGAGGUUGUCAGUGCCGGCUCUACACCAGCAAGGAGGGGUAGAUGUACAUCUUGAAGGAAGCAUGGUCUGUGUGCGAUUUAAAGGGGAAACUGUGCGUGUAAACCAGAGCUACUUCAGUAAAUUGUUUCAGCUCUAUCGCUUCAGCUGCACAGAUGAUCCUGGAUCAGAAAAGUUCCUGUCUCGAGUAUGGUGUCUAUUACGUAGAUAUCAGGUGAUGUUUGGCACAGCACAAUAUGAGGGAUCUGGGCUGCAAGAAGCUCUGCCAGUCCAUGUAUUUCAGGCUCUUCACAGAAUAUUUGGGGUGACUUCUGAAUGUUUCGCUUCCCCUCUCAACUGUUACUUUAAACAGUACUGCUCUGCCUUCCCAGACACGGAUGGAUAUUUUGGGUCCAGAGGACCGUGUCUGAGUUUCUUCCCAGUCAGCGGUUCCUUUGAGGCUAAUCCUCCAUUCUGCGAGGAAUUGUUAGACGCCAUGGUGACCCAUUUCGAGAACCUCCUGGAGAGUUCAGAUCAACCACUGUCCUUCAUUAUCUUCAUCCCAGAGGGGAGAGAUCCUCCCAUAUCGGCACUCAUCCGCAUGGAGAAUAGUCGAUUCAAACGGCAUCAGUUGGUUCUCAGUGCUUAUCAGCACGAGUACCGCAGUGGAGCUCAGUAUGUGUGCAAGAGAGACGAGCUUUAUUAUAAGGCCAUGCACAAUACCGCAGUACUCUUUCUUCAGAAUGAACCAGGCUUCUUGAAAUGGGCGCCGACUCCUGAGCGUGUUCAAGAAUUAACCGCAGCCUUCAAACAUUCUGGUCGUUUAUCCAAUUGUUCUGGGGGGAGCGAAAAGGAGUCCACACAAGAGGAAGGCACCAGCAAGGAUAGCAUGACUAGAGAUGCAGACUGAAAAAAUGUCUUGUCAUCUUAAUGGGCAGAGUCUGCCCAAAUUCACAGGACAGAAUGUUUCCCCAGUCUUAUAUGGCAUAAUGUUUGCAACCUUCAUAUUGUAGAGUAAAUUGCAGAUCUUCGUUGGUCAUAUAGUACACUGGUCUAAGGUUCCUGUCCUGUAUGGUAGAAUAUUUUUUUACCCAAUGUUAUUCAUUGUGGGGAGAGGGGCAAAUAUACAUAGGUCCACACCAGUGCCAUUACUACUUGUAGGAACGUGUGUGCAAAAUCGAAAGAAAGUGGAGAUCCCCUUAUUUAUAUUAAGUCUAGCGGAUACAGUACAUGUGUGUGUUAAGGUGUGAAAGUGGGUGCACUGCACCUUUCUAUGAAGUAUGUGUAGGCACAUCUCCCAAGAAGGAGAAUGGUUGUGUAGCUUUCCUAUGUAUAAUGGUCUUUGCAUAUCUGCUCUAUGAAGUAUAUUUGGUGUUGUACAUAAGAAUUUGCAUGUUUUCUCCACCUUCCCUCAUUUGUAUGUUUUCUGGUAUUGUGAUUGGUGCACGUUGUUUGUGCUAAUUAUUCCCUGUAAUUAAUUUAACGUCUAACCAUUUUAUUACUUUUAUCAAACAGUAAAAGUCUAUUUUUGAUUUUA